AUGAUUGCGCCGAUUGAUCAUUACUUUGAAUUCGCAUACCCCGCAACCACCUCCACCAUCAUCCCCAACCCCUUUGGCGAUCGCAUCACUCCAAGGCUCAUAAACAUAAUCGCAAGAUUUCUGAUCAUGGCCACAACUACCCAGUUAGCCGAUCUGGAGUCGUUUCUACAAGAAAACCCAAAAAUUCAUUACAUUGCACCGUCUUCUCCGGACUACGCUGACGCUCGAAUUGUUUACAACGCUUCGCGUGCUGAUAAUCCACUGGCGAUUGUCCAGCCACAAUGCCACUCUGAUGUUUGUGCGCUAAUCAAAUACGCCAAGCGCAAGUCUCUGCCCUUCACUCUGCGAGUAGGCGGACACAACUUAGAAGGCCGUGCAGUUGUGGAAGAUGCCUUGCUCAUCGAUCUUCGUGCCUUGACCGGCGUCACCGUCGCACCCGAUCAGAAAUGCGCGACUAUUCAAGGAGGAACAUUACAAGGAGAAGUUGGAAACACGCUGUGGGCUGCGGGUCUGGGUACGCCGAUAGGGUUAAUCCCAUCUGUCGGCUACGCCGGGUGGGCCGUCUACGGCGGAUAUGGGCCUUUUUCUGCGCACUGGGGUUUGGGGGUAGACCAGAUCAUUGCCGCUACCGUUGUCAAUUCUGACGGUGAGAUCAUUCAGGCCGAUGAAGCUCUUCUAGAAGGUAUUCGUGGUGCUGGUGGUCUUUAUGGUGUCAUUCUUGAGCUUGUGGUUAAGGUGUAUCCCAUUUCCAAGAUCCUGACUGGUCCUAUUAUCUUCGAUUCCGCCGAUAUCCACAAAACCUUCGUCCGAUUUGUCUGGAGUGGUAUGGAUCUUGAAGAAGGCCAGUUCUGGAGCCGGAAAAUUGUUUCUCUUGGCCCUGUUGUCAUGAACGCCAUUGCUCCAACAACGGUACCAGAAAUAUUAGCCAAUACCGGAGCCCACGUACCAUCGAGAGUGUAUGGCUCCGCCUUUACGCAUAAUGUUAGCAUAAUCUCUUCGGAGACCGCUGAAGCAAUUGGACGCGGUAUCGCCAAACUGCCAAAAGAUCCCGGGACAAUAAUUUCCAUCCACCAGCUCCGCGGUAAAUCGACAAAGUCUCAUGUUGCCUCGGUUUUUGACGCACGGGAUCCGCAUUUCAUGCUGGAAAUCCUUGGCUUUUCAAAAGAGGCUUGGGCGGCUGGAGUUGCAGAAGAUGUGUCUCAGGCGUCCCAGCAUAAUGUUCUCCCAACGGGGUAUAUUUCGCUGUAUAAUUCUCUUCUUCAGGCGGAUUCGCCGGCUGCAUAUCUCGAGAAGACUUACGGAUCUAAAGUAAAGGUUUUGAAGAUUCUGAAGUCAAGGUUUGACCCGGAGAAUGUGUUUCAGCUGACUGUUCCUACACUGAAAUAA